AUGGACAGCAGUUCUGCUUCUGUUACUUCCGAGGUGAGCACGAGUGGCAAAAGGAAAUGGACUAUGGCUGAGGAUGUAGCCCUCAUAUCUUGCAUGAUUGACCUACGAAAUAUGGGCACCCACAAUGCCGACACAGGGUUUAAGUCUGGCUACUUGCUAGAACUUGAGAAAAUGCUAUUGGAAAAGCUCCCGAAUUGCGGUAUCAAGGCGAGAUCUCACAUUGAAUCUUGACUGAAGACAUUGAAGAAGGAAUGAGCUAUCGUGUAUGAUAUGAUGCUUAAUACAUCAAGUUUUGGAUGGGAUUCAACGCGGAAGAUGGUCACAACGAAAGACGAUGUUUGUGAGGCUUAUGUUGUGACUCACAAAGAAGCUGCUCCAUUUAGACUGAAAAGUUUUCCGUAUUUCAAAGAAUUAUCUAUGAUAUAUGCGAAGGAUCGAGCUACUGGAAAGGAUGCUCAAGCUAUUGAAGAUAUUUUGUAA